AUGUGGACCAUCACCAGUGUUGAAAGCAAACUUACGCUGUGGUGUAGUGAUGGAGAGCCCAUCCUCAAUGUUUCUCGUGGAGGUCCGGGCAAGUCUUCACGACUCAUCGUCGAUAGAAAAGGGUUCCUCGAUAUUACAGAAUUAGACGUCAAGGCACCCGACCCAGACACAGAGUAUAUCCUCAUCGACUGCGAUCUAAACUCUACCGAGGUCCAAAUCCCUUCGUCUCCGUGUGCGAUCGAUGCGAAUGGAUUGAAAUUAUACCAGGACAACCGAGGAGAACCAACAGGUCUGCUACUACCUCUUCACCUGGAGAUAGAUCCCGACGUCGCUACAUUUACUCUGAGCAUUAUUUCAGAUACCCCGACAGCGGGGGUUGUAAUAUCGGCAGAUACAACUACUGUGAAGGGCCAGCUCAAAUCACUACCACACAUCUCCGAAGCAGAUGCCGCAUACUUUGAGACAAUGAUCGCCUCAAAUAUAGUCCCGUUCGCGACUGACCAAGGAGGCGCCCCGGGAAAGACGCAGGACGAAAUCCGCACCCUCGCGCACCGCCUGUUCCCCUUCACCCCUUACAGCUUCCAGCUCGCCAUGGCCAUCUACGACUGGACGACCGCAUCCUUCGCACGCAUGGUGUACGUUGACAUGUUCCGGUACACCGGGCUCCACAUCCAUAUCCCCGCCAAGGACGGCGGCAAGCCGGUGACGCCCAUCGACAUCGAGGGCCUGACCACUGCAAUCUGGACGAGCAACUGGGGCCCCUUUUCAGCGCAGGACGCGUCAUUCAUGGCCUCGCUUCUCAUGAAGCCUGCGUGGUCGAGGCUGGAGGUCGAGCUGCAGCUUCUGCAUGCGCGCGAUGACCUCGUGCGGGCCGUCGAGGCGGAAGACCGCCUGCUUGCUGCCGCGAUGCACUCGCUACCGCGGACGUCGACCCUGGCCAGGCCGCGGCUCUUCAGUGGGCAGCUGGACAUGGCGCACUUGGAUAUGGAGAGCUUUGGGAUUGAGUUUGUCGAGUGUCCUGCCAAUCAUGGCCCGGUUUGUCGGCCCCUGAGGGAUACCUUGCAGGCGGCGUUGGCCACGUAUCUCGCUGCGAAGAAGACGAUCACGACGAAAGUGACGUGGAGCUUUACGGAUACUGUUGAGGGUGCAUUGCACUAUUCGAAUGGGAUUCUUCUCGUCUUGGACUUUUCUACCGACGUUGCAUCGCCUUGUGUGUGGGAGUCAGUCUCCUACGUGACGCCGCUGUCGAGCGACCCGAAGAAAAUAGAAUACACUCUUCCGCCGGGCAGUCGGUUUCGGGUGCUGUCUCAAGAAGAUGCUACGUAUAACAAGAAGCGAUUUCUAGUUAUUACACUUCAGCCCAUAAACCAGGGAAUCGAUGCUGGCCCGGAGGGAGAAUUCCAGAUGGGGAACGGCAGCGAAGCAUCCCGGGGAUAG